GCCGCCCGCUUCCUGCCGCUUCCGCGCGCCCGCCCCGCCCGAGCAGUGGCCGCAGCCCCGGCCGGGCCCAGCGGGGAGAUGAACACAGUGCUGUCCCGGGCCAACUCGCUCUUCGCCUUCUCACUGAGCGUGAUGGCGGCGCUCACCUUCGGCUGCUUCAUCACAACCGCCUUCAAGGAGCGCAGCGUGCCCGUCCGCAUCGCCGUCUCCCGGGUCACGCUAAAAAAUGUAGAAGAUUUCACUGGACCUAGAGAAAGAAGUGAUCUGGGAUUCGUCACAUUUGACAUUACUGCAGAUCUGCAGAGUAUAUUUGACUGGAAUGUUAAACAAUUGUUUCUAUAUUUGUCUGCAGAAUAUUCAACAAAAAACAAUGCACUAAAUCAGGUGGUCCUUUGGGACAAGAUCAUGUUGAGAGGAGAUAACCCAAGACUGUCCUUAAAAGACAUGAAGUCAAAGUACUUUUUCUUUGAUGAUGGAAAUGGUCUCAAGGGAAACAGGAAUAUCACCUUGACUCUCUCCUGGAAUGUUGUACCAAAUGCUGGCAUUCUACCUCUUGUAACAGGAUCAGGACAUGUGUCUGUACCUUUCCCAGAUACCUAUGAAACAACAAAAAGUUAUUAAAUUAUAGUACUGAAUCAUUAGCAAAAUAUUUUUAUACUUGUAUAUUGUGAAUACAUUUUAUUGCCGUUUCUUUUUGCAUCUCAUGCAACUUUUCACUGAAAGGAAUUUAAUUUCCUCAGGCGAGUAGCAUGGGAAAAGGAAAUGAAAGUUCAGGAUUUUUUUUUCCUAGCAUACCAUUGAAGCUGAAACUUAAAGAAAGGUAAAUUGUGGAGUAAUGGUUUUGCCRGAGCGGGGCGGGGGGAAACCAGAGGAUUCUUUUCUUGGCCAUCUAAGUAUAGAUCUCCUUUUCUUUUAAAUAAAUAUUUUUAAACCAGAA